AUGCUUGGGGCUUUCGUCAAAGAAUUUCCAAGCCCAACAACCGCAAGUGUACCCACUAGUCGGCCGGAGUCCAAAUCUUUAUUUACACAGUAUGACAAGUAUGGAACAGAAGACGUAUUCUUUACUGAGUUCAUCAUCGACACGCACAAAUCUUCAGCUACAGAAGCCACUGCAACACUCCAGUCGCUCGCCAAAGUCUCAUUUAAAGGCGAGACCAACGAAGCUCAUCACCUCAAAGGCAAAAUUCUCCACUGUAGACGCCUUACUCAGAUUGACGAGUUCUUUAACGAUGUUAAGGCGGAUAAAGAUGUCAAGGAACGAGUUCCAAAAUGGAUUCAACAUGGAAUGAAACUUCAGGUAUGCAUGGUAGUUGGGAUUCUGUUAUGUGAGGAUGUUAAUGUGGUAUGGGAGGAAGUGGGCAAGAUGGAAGUGGGAGUUAAGGCUGAAGCGCCUAUUACGACCAUUGUUCGGGCUGCCGCCGGUGUACCCAGUGUCGAUCCGAGUCAGGAUCCUGGUAAUCUGAGCGUUGCAGCUAGCGCCAAGAAGUCUACAGGCAAUGUGUUUCGGGCUAGUGGUGGGAAGAGGCAAAUAUUUGCGCUGGAACUAAGAACUGUGACCAAGGGGAAAAUCCUAAACACCAUCAACAGGAACGUACUUCGCAUGGGUAGAACAGGCCCCUCUGUGGACUAUGGAAGGAAAUUUGGGAAGGAUAAGGACGAUUCAGUUGGGUGUUUGGAGGAUGAAGAGUUAUUCUUGGGGAUAACUGAGUCCAAGGAGAAAAAAGGUGGGACCUCAGAGGCACACCAAGACAAGUAG